AUGACAUUUCCUAUGCUGCUAGAGAAGGUAGCACCGCCCUGGGAUUUUGGAGCAGACCGAAGGGAGGUCCGAGCAUUGGAGGGGGACCACUUUUGCCCUUUCCUUCCCGGCUUCUCUUUUGGGGAUCAACGAGGAGUCAGGAAUGGGGAAGCGCAGGACGAGGACGUUGCGUCCAGUUUAUUGUUGGAGGACAUCCAGAGGCGUCUCCGCAACGCUUUCCGCAGCCCCAUCUCACGCCAGGAUGUCCCACCACUGCCACAGGAGCCUGGGAAACAGCAGCUGGAGCAUCAGCAGCCCUGGGAAGGCUCUGGGAGCAGGGCCACUGCCGUGCAGGAGGAGCUGCGCAGGGCGCACAUAGACGGAACCAGUUGGCUGCGGGCUGAACUGUUGGAGAUGCGCUUCCAGAACCAGCAGCUCGCCAAAACUUGGGUGGAUUUAAACUUGGAAAUACAGCGACUGAAGAUUGAAAAUGAAUUGUCCACAGCUUCUGAAUGACCAGCCCUGGGAAAGAUCACUGUGGCUCAGAAUUGUAAAGUGUAUGUCAGGAGACAUAAAGCCCAAAGACAAAGUAUAUUUUCUACAAACGACUCUGACACAAAUAUGAACAAGAUGCACAAGUUUCCAAGCUAA